CCUUCCGCUCACCCUCGCACACACACCUGCAGCCAUGGCUCCGCGCGCCGUCGUCGUGCACGACGUGCUCGGCACCCUCUUCUCCCUCGACGAGCCCAUCAAGGAGCUGCAGAGCAUCUUCAGCGCCCAGCUCGCCGCUGCGCCCCACAUCUUCGCCGAGCUCGUCGUCAUGGACUGGUACCAUGCCGCACAGCGCGACUUUGGCUUCAUCAGCAUGCACGGCGCCUACCAGCCCAUCGGCACGGUCUUUGCCUCGACGCUGCCGCGAGUGCUCUUGCAGGCCGGCCUGGCGCCCGAAAGCAGCAGCAGCGAUCUCGCCUCCGCCAAGCGUGGCGCAGGGCGCCAGCCCGCCACGUCGGUCGAGGCUUCGGGCUUCGAAGAGGUCGUUCAGCGCAUGAUGGGCUCCCUCAAGCGUCUCACUCCGCGGCCAACGAUGCAGCAGGCAUUUGCGACGUACGAAGCAGAGGGCAUCGAGGCGUGGGGCGCCUCGAAUGGCAGUCGCGAGCUCUCGACGGCACUCUUCGAGGGCGCGCUGGGCAAGGGCAGCGUCAGAGACCACGGCGUGUCGGGCAAGGAGGCACUGAAGGGCGUAGGCGUAUUCAGCUGCGAUGAGGUGCAGAUCGCAAAGCCCGAUCCACGCGUCUACCAGGCGGUGCUGGAGCGCAUCGAGCGAGGAGAGAAGGACAUUCAGAAGUUCUUCGUCGCCACACACAGCUGGGACACGUUUGCGGCACAGAAGGCCGGCUUCAAGGUCGUCUGGGUCACCAACGAGGAGUUCCACGGCGCCUCGGGCAUCUACGGCACACCCGACUACAUCGCCACCGACCUCGCAGAUGCCGCAAAGCAGAUCGCCGCUGCCGUGCGCGGCUGA